AUCUUAUAGUGGGAACAUUUUGACUGCAAGAUAAAUGUUGCAUGUUGAUAUUGUUGAAUUAUGAACUUGUAAUAACAACAACCAACAUACUCAGUGUAAUCCCACAAGUGGGGUCCGAGGAGGGUAGAGGAGUGUGCGCACACCUUACCCCUAGCUCGUGGAGGCAGAGAGGUUGUUUCCGGCAGCAAAGCAAAGUAGUUAUGAAAGAGGCAAUAUGGCAGUAAAGAAAACAUGACAACUAAUAAGGAAAGCAGUACAGAGCAUUUUGAAAAAGAAUAGUAACAACAACGGAAGUUAUGAACUUGUAAUAAUUGUAUUGUUAUCUUGCAUGUUAUUGAUGGAUUCUUAGUUGCAGUGAACUUGGAGUAUAUUUGUUAAUGACACUAUAAGUAGUGAAAUUCCAGUGAGUUUGCAUUGUGAUAUUUCAGUUAAAGUUGGGUUGGAGCAGUGGCGGAGCCAGCAAAUUCGGCAAGGGUGUUCAAACUUUGAAUGGGUGAAUAUUUUUUUUUUUUUUUUUUUUUAAUGAAUGGGUGCACCGAAAAUCUUAAUAUUAAACUACACAAUUUUUAAUAAGAUUUGUUUAGUUAGAAAAUUUAAUAGGAAAAAAGAAGAAGUUAAAGACACACUAAUUGUGAAUUGAAUAACAUUCACGCUGCUGAAAAUGAGAAUCGAAAUAUAAAAUGGCAAAAAUUUAAAGACUCCAUCCAGAAUCGAACCUGAGCGGAGCAUAGUAAGGCUUUUUGAACAGCCUUGACCGCUGAGCUAACCCACUCACUUGUGUCAAGGGUGUUCAAAAUAUAUUAUAUCAUAAAAUAAGAUAGAAAUUAACCUAUAUCCGUCGUGUAAUUUCCGGCGAAGGGUGUUCACCUGACCACCCUUGGGUGGUUGUAGCUCCGCCACUGGGUUGGAGGGGUGGUGAGCGAUAAGUGAAGCUACUUCAAAAGUAAAUUCUGGACUUAAUAUGUUAUAAUAUAGGAUAUUAUAGGAUAGGAUUCAUAGUUAGAAGUUUGGACUCUUUGCUAUCAGUCAUUACGAAGGAAGAAAAAGAGAAUUUGAUAUAAUCUUAAUUGUUUCCUGAUUAGCUUGUGUUCCUUGUUAAAUCAACGUGUAGUGGCUUAUACCAAAAUCUUAUCUGGGUUAUGUUGGGUGGAGGAGAAUGGUAAUCGCAGAUUCUCUGAUCUUGUAUGUGAAGAUUCUUGUGUUUGGAAGAUUAGCGCUGGUAUGCGUGAUAGGUUUGCAGGCUGGCUUAGUAGAUCAGGACUCUAAGUAUUGGUUGAAAUUUCUUUUUUCUUUUGAAUAAGGUAACAAAAGUUGAAAUUUCUUUUAUAACCCUAAAAAUAGGAAACAAUACAUAAUGAUAGUAGAGAUCCCCCGCCCCUUGUGAGCUAUAUGUGGAAUAUUGUUGCCUAAGAGGGUAAUAUUGAGUUUUACUUAAUUUCUUGAGAUUUGAGAAUAAGAUUAUAUAUGCAAUUAUAGAAGCUCUAUCUCCUGAAAGUACACAAUUAAAGAACAAAAAUACAGAGGAGAGAAAAAAAAAUAGCAAAUAUUUGUGAGUUGAUAUUCAUUGUAUUUAAGACCUGUCGCCACAAUCUUUCAUAAUGUUAACGAAAAGCUUAUGAGGUUGAGGCAAGAUUCUGAUUCAUCCACUUGAGAGUUUUACUUAGGCGGUAAUCAAGCCGGUGCUUGUAGAAUCGGAGACGGGAUCAAGUCAGGAAAGUGUUGCAGAAAUGGAAGUGUUCGCAACACCAACACAUACUGAAAAGGGAUUGGUAUAAUUUGGAGAAGUCAAAGCGAGUCAAAGCAUUCCGGUGUGGCGAAUUUGAUGAUUUUAUUCAACGGGCUGAAGCUUCCCUAGGUAUGCCUCCGAAGAAAAGAGAGAAGUAUGCACGACGUGAAGAUGCAAUACUUCAUGCUCUUGAACUUGAGAGGCAGUUAGGUAAAAGAUAUGGGCUUUUAGGUUGUUCAUCCACUGAUAGAAGCAAUAAAUCUACUGAUGAUUUUUCCGGAAGAGAGUCACAGACAUAUUCAAAAUACUUGGAUAAUGGAAAGGGGAGACGUUUAAGAUCUAAAUCUCGUCAACUUUCUCAUAAGUCUGGUUUCUUCGUUGAGGAAAAGAGUACAUGCAACUUUUCUUCUAUACAGGAACCCAAAGGUCAUAAUCAGUUUAGUGGGGAUGAUGAUAAUUCCGAUGUACCUCCGAGGAUGAGAGGUUUACAGGAUUUGGGCCUCAGUACUGCUCCUUCAGAGCAUAGAAAUCUUCCAUCAAUUGCUUCAGAUGGUGCUGACCUACCUGUCCUUGAUAGGAGCGUUGAUGCCGUUCCUGAUGGGAUCUAUAACGCAGAACGCCUAGUUAGUAUUGAGAGAAAAAAUUUGUCAGUCAAAAGGAAAUUAUCAGAUGAAGGCUUGGCCGAAGAAAUUCUUGUCAAGAGGCGUGGUAGGAGCUGCCCUCUUGCUCAACUUUUGGAGAGUUCUGAAAAUUUACCUGACUCAGGUUCUGUUUCUAUCUCCGAGAUGGGAGAGGAGCAUCCAGGAGUUGCAAAGAAAAGCAGAUGUAAUUUGGCAGAAGAACCUACAGAAUCUUUGACUGUUGAAGAGAGUAAUCAUGCCCAGAUGGAACUCUCAACAUUGAAGCACAAAGAUACUGGUUCUCAUCCUGCUGAGUUAUGUGAACAGAAUGCUUCUGGGUCUACAGAAUAUACCGAAACUGAUUCUUCUGAAACAGAUUCUGCGGAAGAUACUGAUGACGAGUUGGCCACAAUUUCAGAUGGUGCAGCAUCCAUUGAGCUAGAACCAAAAUAUAUAGGAAGAUCUGAAGCACAACCUGGACAUGGAAGCAUCAGCAGCGAGGAACUGGAUGAUGGAACUUCUCAUACAUGUCAUCAGGAAUCUGUCUCUACUGGAUUUGGGGUGUCAAAAUGGCAAUUAAAAGGGAAAAGGAAUAAUCGAAGUCUUAACAAGAGGCCUCUGGAUCCUUUUGAUGGAAACCUUGCGUUAAGACCUUGUCACAUGAAUAGCUUCAGGGGAAAGAGGGGUUAUGGUUCUCUUCAAGAUGAUCCCGUUAUGAACUCUUGGGUGCAAAUGGCUGGGUAUGGAUCUAGAGCUCCACGUAAUGCUGGCCAAAAUAUGUUCAGUUGCGUGGAUUGGGCUUGGGAUGAUCAACCUGCAAGCAAAGGUUACUGGGAGGAGUCUACUGAGGGUUUUGAUUCUGUCAAUAGCUACCAUCACUCCGGUGGCAGGACCAUGCUGGUCAAUGUGGACUUAAAAGUCCAAUCAAGCUAUCAGAGAGAGCACGUGCCUAUGAUUUCAUUGACGAGUAAGAUAAACGGCCAGGCGAUAGUUGGAUAUCCUGUCCAAAUUGAGGUGCUUUCAAACGGGUCUUCUGAAAGCCUCCUUUGGGCAGUUGAUGGGAAUUUCCCAGAAACAUCUGAUAAUGAUACAGCACUCCAACCUAUGUGGAGGACUGCUCGCAGGACUGGCAAUGUUCGCGUUCCACGGCCACAUGCAUCAUCAGCAUUGGAUAAUGCUGAAGGAAUCAAGCAUGUACAAGGUUUUGACCGCGACAAAAAUGUCCAAAAAGCUAGCGUAGGAGGCGUUGUUCAAAAGGGAAGCAUGACAAGGACGGCUAUUUCCCGGCCUGCCAUAGAAAGAACAUUUCCAAGAAAGUCCGGAAAAAGGAUUAGUGUUUCUUCUUAUCAAAAGGUAAGAACACUUUCUUCUAUAGCCUUGCAGCAGAAACAUAGUGAUCAGAAGGGUAGUUCCACCAGUCAUCAAGUGGAUGCGGCAAUCAAACGAGAGACAUUGCCAACAGUCAUUGCUUGUAUUCCAGUUAAGCUAGUGUUCAGUAGGCUAAGUGAGGAGUUGGUGGGCCGUCAUCAGUAAUAAUUUCUACUGGGGCUGAAGGACAUCAAUACAGACAAUAAUAUAGUGGCUUGUAAAAAAAUGGAGGGAUCUAAUAAUAUAAAUAUUGUACCAGCUAGCAGACCAUUUCUUGGUGAUCUUUUUUGCUCCAGGCAAAUGCAGCUUGAAUGUGAAGGUAAAGCCGGCAAGGCAUACCAUAGGACAUUGUUUUAGGAUGGUAUCUCAGUUGUACAUGUUUUUUUUUUUUUUCUUUUCACAAGUAAUUUUAUUUAUUUAUUUUGUUUUUGAGGUGUGGGAGUGUGGAAAGCUGAAGGUGGGUUAGACACAGAUAGUAGGCUCUAUCUAUAUAUAUAUAUAUAUAUGACAUUAUGUAUGUAAAUUGUAUAACUUAUCUAUGACUUGGUGCCUUUCCCAGCGUGAAACAAACAGAAA